AUUAGGUAAUACGGCAACAUGGCAGCCUCCAUCAGGGUGCUUGCCCGGAGAAUAUCCUGUAAUUCUCCCCGAAAUAUGAAUACCAGCGUGGCUGGUCAGCUCUCUCGAACAAUUUGUCCUUUGAAGCUUUCAGCCUGCCGUUGUUUUAGCGAUGGUCACGCUGACAAAAGUACACAUUUUGGUUUCGAAACAGUACCUGAGGGAGAGAAGGCGCAGAGAGUGUACAAGGUGUUUGAGAGCGUUGCCCAGAAGUACGAUGUGAUGAAUGAUGCCAUGAGUUUGGGGGUUCACCGCCUGUGGAAAGACAUGCUUCUACACGUCAUGCACCCCCAGCCUGGAACACGCCUGCUGGACGUCGCCGGGGGAACCGGUAGGAAAGAUGAUGAUGAUGAUGAUGAUGACGAUGAAAGCAGAGAUGAGGAUGCCGGCAAAUCCAUGAUGGUGAUGAUAGAUGAUGAUAGUAGUUAUGAUGGUGACAUCUCCUUCCGUUUCCUGGAAUACGUUCGCUCCCAGCAGGAGCGCCAGCAGCGCCGCCAGGUCCGCGGCCUCCAGACGCCGUCAUGGCAACACAUCUCUGAGAACUACGCCUCAGCAGACAAGGGGGCGGGGCCCCAGGAGUCACGUGCCGUGGUGUGUGACAUCAACAAGGAGAUGCUGAGGGUGGGCAAGGAGAAGGCGGAGAACUUGGGCAUCGCCACCGGUCUAUCCUGGGUGGUGGGGGAUGCUGAGGAGCUUCCGUUUGACGAUGACCAGUUUGACGUUUACUCCAUCGCCUUCGGCAUCCGCAACGUCACACACAUGGAACAGGCACUUCAAGAGGCACUCAGGGUCCUAAAGCCUGGAGGCCGAUUCAUGUGUCUGGAGUUCAGCAAAGUUACCAACCCAGUACUGGCAAAGCUGUAUGAUGCUUAUAGUUUCCAGAUGAUUCCAGUGUUGGGGGAGGUGAUCGCUGGGGACUGGAAGUCCUACCAGUAUCUGGUGGAGAGCAUCCGCAAGUUCCCAGACCAGGAGACCUUCAAAGGCAUGAUGGAGGACGCUGGUUUCUACUCUGUCCGGUACUACAACCUUACAGGGGGGGUAGUGGCCCUUCAUUCUGGCUUCAAACUGUGAGCUGCUCAUCCAACAAACAGCUCUGGUCUACGGGCUCUCCUCCAGCCAGCCUCUGCGAAUCUACAACUGACCUGUCACUUCUGACGGCAAGGAGACGUUUCCUAGUGAGCUGUGUUUGUCUGGAGAAUGACCGUCUUUACUUUUUAGGAGUUUUUUUGUACUAUAGGUGACGUUCGAGUUGUUCGGUUGGACUUCUGUGGAUGGACACUGACAUUACAGGUGGUGCUGUCGUCAUGGUAACGGCACAACAGCUGUUCAUGAAUCCCAAAAGGUGUAUUAUAAAUAAACAUGUAUUCGAAGUCAAAUUCGCUGAUGUAUUUUGCUAUCAAAUCAACUUUACAUGCUUGGAAAAGGACAGUCUCACCUUUUGCAUUUCAUUUCCAGAGGUAAACAUACAGUAUUGUGUGCUAAUGCGUCAUCUAGUGUUCAAACUUAGUCAACACAGGUUCUGCAUCUUGGAGUGUGAUGUUUUGCUGAGAUGUCGGCUGUCGCGUGUUGGCCAAGUUAAAAAGCGGAAGGUAUGUGAGCUCCUCACCUCACUCUCUUCACUUUGAAGGGUUAAAAUAAAGAGAAGGAAGACGCCACAACAUUUACUUGAAUAAAACUGUAUAUUUUACAGAUCUUUGUACAUUUUAAUUACAAAACUGUACUGAUACUAAAGUUUUAAAAUCAGUUUUUGGUCAGAGAAUAUUUAAUUGUCUCGUGUGCAAUUAUCAUGUAUUUACAAACGUCUCAUGUUAGUGAUUUCUCAAAAGGCAACCAAAAAAAAAAAAAGUUCAUCCACUCUGAACAUAAGACAUGGCUUAAAGAUAAAUAUAUUAGUAAAUAAAUAUUCAGAGAACUUAUUUCCAUUUAUGAAAUGUGCUUCUACACACAUACAGAAAUAUACACAGAUUUCUAGCCUGGUAAUGGUGACGGCGAAAAUAAUUAUAUUCUUAAAAAAUUAAAAAAUAUUAUUUUUUUGUACACAUUUUCUGUUUAUACAAUCUUAAGUGCUACAAACAAUAAAAAAAUUAAAUAGUGACUCAAGUACCCCAAAUUGUUAUAUUUGCAGUACACGUCUAUGCAAAGGCAAAAGUUAGAUUCUCACUGUCACUGAUUACAGCACUGGGUUAAGAUAUAAAUAGUUAUUACUGAGCGAUGGCCUCUGGAUAGAAUGCCUACAUUUCAUAGAAACAUAUAGAGCAGUCUGUAGAACAAAGAGACAGGCAUGGAUUACCAAACUGUGAU